UAUAAAUGAGCUGUGAAUCCUCAUCCAGAGAGAAUCAGACCUGCAACAGCAGAAGACACAGAAUCAACAGUCUGUCAGCUUGACCACGGUGGAAUACCUGAAACCAGAUUGGCUGUGAUAAGAAUUACAAUGGAAUUCCACCUGUGUGUUCUGCUGUACUUUGUAAUACUUUUCACUGGCAGUGAAGGGGAUCCCUAUUUCAAUGAUUUAGAAAAGCUUGAUCUCCCAAAUGGUCAUGAAGUAAACUGGAUGAAAAGUAUAGAUGAUGAAACACUUAUCUCAGCAGUCACCAUUCCAGGCACAUGCCAAAGCAUGAAAAUGAAUACUCUUGAUCAACACCAAGCAUGGACAGUAACACAGCAGUUUACAGCAGGGGUGCGAUUCUUUGAUAUCUCCCUGGAUAAUUCAGUUGUCAAAGAUGGUUCUCUUACACGUAGAAAAUUUGCAGAUGUCAUGGAAAAGAUGAGAGAACGUUUGAUUGCUCACCCUCAUGAAGUAAUUUUGAUAAGAUUGACCCCAGAAAAUGGCAAAGCUGAAAAGGAAAUAGAAAAAUUCAUACAAGGGAAUGACAAUGUGUGGAAGGAUAAAAAAGUGCCCAAAAUGAAAGAAGUAAGGGGUAAGAUAGUGUUGGUGCAGAGCAGCAAGUUCAGUAAAGGGCUCCCGGUGGACCUUCAUGUGGGUGGGAAGGAGUUUAAAGAUAAGCACUCAGGAAAGUACAUGGAAGCGAUUUAUGAUCAUCUAAAGGCAGCAGAAAAUGCAGGUGACCAUAUUGUAGUGACUGAAACAAGCGCAUAUUUUGGACUCAGAAAAUCAUCAAAAAAUGCAGCUGUAAAAAUUAAUCCCAUGCUCCAUAAAUACAUAGACAACCAGCUGCAUGCUAAAAAACCAAAAGGUUUGGGGGUGAUUGUCAUGGACUAUCCAGGCAUUGAUCUCGUCCAGAAAAUCAUAGAUUUCAACCCUAAAUCAGAAGGCUCACCUGAAUCCUCCCCAGAAGAAGUUGAGAACCCACCUGAAACUGAUGGGGAACCCGAAUGAGCUUUACCAAACAGACAGCCCAAGAAAGGAAUUAUUAUACCCUACAUAACUACCAAAAACAUAAUACAUCCAUUAAAAUAUGUCUUGGUAACAUGUUACUUAUUCAUAUUAUAUUGAGUGCCCUUUAAAAAUAAAGAUGGUCUGCUCCUU